GGCCUUCCCAGCAUGCACUGCGUGGUCUGCGGUAUAUUAUUGACAAAGAAAAAAGGCUGUGGAGAAACAACAACAAGGUGGGAGCAGAAGCACCAGCCCGGCUGACGUUACACGAACCCGCGUGCUGACAACAAGGGACACGUCAAGGCCCUGAGGCAAUGAGAACAGGGAAGUUCCGUUUCCAGCUAACGAGAGCUUGCACAGCGUGACAGCUGUUAGGGGGAGAGAGGCGUGGGGGGGCCGAGGCAGACCGUGGACGGGGAAGGGGAAGAGCUCAGCUGGAGCCAAUGCAGCAGCAGCAUCGACAGCCUGAGCUGGUGGAAGGAAGCCUUCCUGUCUUUGUGUUCCCCACUGAGCUCAUCUUCUACGCUGAUGAGCAGACGUCUCACAAGCAGGUGCUCACCCUCUACAACCCGUAUGAGUUCGCCCUCAAGUUUAAAGUGCUGUGCACAGCGCCAAACAAAUACGCUGUGGUCGAUGCCACCGGAGCAGUCAAGCCACAGUGUUGUGUUGACAUAGUAAUCCGACACAGGGAUGUGCGCGCGUGCCAUUACGGAGUGUACGACAAGUUCCGACUGCAAGUGUCGGAGCAGAGUCAGCGAAAAGCCCUGGGCCACAAAGUGGUGAUGGCGACGCUGCGCCCUUCAGCCUCCCAGGAGCCCCCCAGCCCCCGGGUGCAGGAUGAGGAGCGCAGGAUCAAAGAGCAUCUUGCAGUCAGCGAGUUUUUCGAGCAGACUGCAUGUCACACCGAGAGCCGUCCUGCCGCUGGGGGCCCCAGCCUGCUGACGGUGCUGCUCGGGCUGGUGUGUAUGGCCGCCCUGAUGCUCCCGACGCUCGGGGAGCAAGAAUCUACUGUGCCUGUCUACCUCCACUUGAGUAUUAACAAGAAACUUGUAGCUGCUUAUGUUCUCGGUCUUCUUACGAUGGUCAUCCUACGCACAUGAAGUGCUGCGAGCGGAGCGGAGAGGAAAUGAUCCGAGGAUGACCACAACGCCUUCACAACGGAGGCUCUUCUACGCUUCAACGUGUACAGCUGGGGGGCGUUGUACCUACUCAGUUAGCUCCGCCCCCUGCAAAAUACAGAUUAGGAUACUUGAUAUUCAAUCCACGUGUUUGUGUUUUGUACGUAAACGGACACAAAACAGAACUGACGCAAAUAGCGGAAAACGCCGGCAUGUAGGUCCAGAGAACGGGCGUGUUUCUAUUCAGCCAUCACGUACCAGACUAUGAUUAACUCCAGUGAAGGAAUCGACAUGCAAACAUUUUACACGUGUGUAUAUAAAUCCAUUCAACUUGUUAUGGUAUCGACCUGAAUACAUCAUUAUAUUGAUUAGAAAUGCUGAAGACUGAAUGCAGUUAUUUGCAUGUUUUAAUACUUUGAGUUUUUUUAUAUAAUUUUAACAUGUCAACGAAAACCUUCUUGUGAAGACGAUGGCUGGUUUGCAGCUUUAUCAGCGCUCCAUCAAACUUUUAAUAAAGCCUCAAUACAGCUGUCUGGUACCAAA